AUGACCUCGUAUGCGACGCUCAACGAAGACGUUCUUCCAGGAGUACAUGAAGUCCAGCCUAUAACAGCUAUCGAGUUUGAGAUUCCCAUCGGGCACCCCGAGGCAACCUACGAAAUUGAGCCCGGCUCUCGGGACGACGAAAGGUUUAUGAGCGUUCUGAGCUGUCCACCCCCCGAUGCAAAUGCUUUCCAAGCCGAAGUGACCUGCUUCCAUUCUCUGUCAAAGAGAUCAUCUGGAGAGGAGUCAUUGAUUCAGCACAAAAAAGACGUUUAUAUCACAAAAGAGCCUAUGACGGUCAUCUCAGACUUGACUUCGUUCAAAGCCAUGUUCGACCAAGCGGCUUACGAGACUGCUGUCAAUGAGGUGUUUGUGGACUCGAUUGAAUCGGUUGCAGGAAGCUACCUUUUCAUGUUUUUUGGUCAAUACCCCACGAUCUACCCAGCUUUGUAG